AUGGGUUGGUACACGUCACUCAUCGUGCUCAUCGUCGCCGUCGCUGCGGCGGCCGUUCUCACUCCCGACGCCAUGCUUCCAUACGGCCGUGCCAGCCCCACGGGUGCCCCCUUCCUGUCGCCCAAAGCAGGGGCUGCCCUGCGGUUCGUGCACGUGCUGUGCUGUUCCAUAGCGCUGGGGGCGUCCGUGUGGGUCACCUUCUUUGCUGGUGUCAUCAUGUUCCGCCACCUCCCCCGCCACACCUUCGGCAGCAUCCAGGGUCGUCUCUUCCCGGCCUACUUCCGCCUGGUUGCCCUCUGCUCCGCCUUCUCUGCCCUCGCUCUCAAGCUCACAAUCAACCCUGCUGCUGCUGCUGCUGCUGCUGCUGCUGCAGGGGCAGAGGGCUUGCAGCAGGUGCAGCUGCUGCUGCUGCUAGCUGCCCUUGGGCCUGCGCUGCUGAAUCUGCUGUUGUUUGAGCCCAUCACCACCAAGAUCAUGCGGGAGCGGCACCGCAUAGAGAAGGAGGCGGGCAUCGGGGACGAGGUGGAUGAUUGCAAAGCUUGUCCAGUUUGUUCCUUACUUGCCCUCACUUCCGCCUUAUCUUCACCUAUUGCCAUACAGAUCAUGCGGGAGCGGCACCGCAUAGAGAAGGAGGCAGGCAUCGGGGAUGAGGUGGGGCUGUCGCGCAACAGGGAGGUCGCGCAGACCAAUAAAGAGCUGGCAGCUGUCAACCGCCGAUUUGGCAUGUGGCACGGCAUGUCGUCGCUGUCCAAUCUCGUCGCGCUCUGCUCCUUGGGUGCCCACGCAUGCACCGGCGAAACGACGAUGCGGAAGCGGGAGCGCGAGAACCCGUGUUACAUCUGCGGGCACUACCAUAAGUACGAGGAGGGGGAGCCGUGCGGGGUGUGCGGCCACCGAUUAGUCCCCGCGGACGAGCGCAGCAGCGGCGCCGCGGCGCAGGCGCACAGCGCGUUCUCGUCGGAGAUCAUCCCGGGGUUCCUGUUCUGCGGGAGCUACGACAACGCGUCGCGAUCGGAGCUACUUAAAGCCCAAGGGAUCACUCGGAUUCUAAACACCGUACCCACGUGUCAGAACCUCUAUAAGAACUCUUUCGUAUAUCACACAGUGCAAGACAGCAAGGUCAUUCCCUUUGAGGAAUGCAACCAAUUUAUUGAGCAAUGUGAGCGGGAGCAGGCGAAGGUGCUGGUGCACUGCAUGUCGGGCCAAAGCAGGUCGCCAGCAGUGGUGGUGGGGUACUUGAUGCGCGCCAAGGGUGUCAAACUGGCCGAGGCAGUGGCGUGGGUCACGGAGAGACGGCCGUCCGUCAACAUACAGCCAGCCAUGCUGAGCCAGCUGCAGGCCUUUGAAGCCCGCCUCUUCGGAGGCGACGCUGCUCUUAAUUCUUCCGACCAGCACCAACAGCAACAGCUGCAGCAACAACAGCAGCAACAGCAGCAGCAGGAGCAGCAGCAGCAGCCAGGGGCACCGUCAGGCCACAUCACUCCGCUAGCUGCUCCUGGCCAGUUCCCUGCCAACACCACCGCCUCCCCCUCCUCCUUCCCACCACUCCCCAACUUCCCAUUCCCCAUGCCGCCCUUUCCCUUAGGCCCUGAUGCCAAUCCUGCUGCUGCUCCGUUUGCAGGCUUGCCCCCUCUAGCCCCUGCCAUGCCUUCCUUGGCCCCUCCCGCUUUCCUGCCCAUCCCUGGCAUGCCAGCUGGCGGCUUGCCAUUCGCCUUUCCAGGAAUGGGGUCUGGCACAGGGGGAAAUCCCCCUGAGGGGUUUGUGUUUGGGGCAGGGGGGGAGGCGAACGGAGGGGGUGCAGGGCAAGGGGUCUUCUUCGCCCUCUCCCUUCGUCAGCUUCUCACCGUUACCGUUCUUCUUGUUGCUCUUCUUUACGCAACGGCCACGGCUGUCGCCACUACGGAGUCUGCAGUUUCGGGGAUCCUUCCAGCCGACACGGUCGCGUCGGUUGCCUCCAACAGGCGGCUCCUCUCGGACGCGGCGCAGGUCGAGUCUUCCCACGCAGGCCCUGUUACAGUCACAUCGUCCAUCGGAUCUUCGUCGCCGCAUGCGACGGCUCGCAUGCUCUAUGCGAGGUUUCCCGAAAUCCGGAACGACGAUCGCGACCACGCGCAUUACCUCGAUCCGCAGAACCGCGCGCGCGCGGAAGUGGGCUCCCCCGCGCUCGUGUGGGACGCGGAGCUUCAGGCGCAGGCGGAGCGACUGGCGGAAUACCUUGCGCAAAAGGAAGGAUGCGCGGUGCGGCGCAUGAAGGAAGUCAGCGGCGGGGUCAACUUGCGCUGGGCGGCGGAAAGCUGGGGGGUGCCCGCGGAAGCGGAAUCGGCGGUGGCGGAGUGGGUACGCGAAAAGGCGCACUACCGCCUGGAAGCGUUCCCCGCGGGGUGCGCGGAGGGCAGGGAUUGCACGCACUACACGCAGGUGGUGUGGAAGAAGACGGAGCGCGUCGGGUGUGGAACGGCGAUGUGCAACGAAGGAGGAGCCGUUUGGGCGUGCCGUUAUUUCCCGCCCGGCAAUAUCGAGGGUGACCGCCCAUACUAA